AUGGAUUCCAUCAUGCAUGAUGAUGCCCUUGGCAAGGCUGCAGUAAAUAAAGAUGAUGUAUAUAAUCUUGAGUUGUCAAACCAGUCUAGAAAUGUCAUCAGAAGAGACCGUUCGGAUGAACGCGAAAAGAGCAGAAGAGUCAAACAAAAUAAUUGUAUGAUUAUAUGGGAACAACAUGGCAGCGAAGAACAACAUGGCAGGGAGGAACAACAUGGCAACGAAGAACAACAUGGCAAGGAGGAACAACAUGGCAAGGAGGAACAACAUGGCAGCGAAGAACAACAUGGCAACGAAGAACAACAUGGCAGGGAGGAACAACAUGGCAGCGAAGAACAACAUGGCAACGAAGAACAACAUGGCAGGGAGGAACAACAUGGCAGGGAGGAACAACAUGGCAGCGAAGAACAACAUGGCAGGGAGGAACAACAUGGCAGGGAGGAACAACAUGGCACCGAAGAACAACAUGGCAGGGAGGAACAACAUGGCAGGGAGGAACAACAUGGCAACGAAGAACAACAUGGCAACGAAGAACAACAUGGCAAGGAGGAACAACAUGGCAACGAAGAACAACAUGGCAACGAAGAACAACAUGGCAAGGAGGAACAACAUGGCAGCGAGGAACAACAUGGCAACGAAGAACAACAUGGCAGGGAGGAACAACAUGGCAGGGAGGAACAACAUGGCAACGAGGAACAACAUGGCAAGGAGGAACAACAUGGCAGCGAAGAACAACAUGGCAGGGAGGAACAACAUGGCAGGGAGGAACAACAUGGCAGGGAGGAACAACAUGGCAGGGAGGAACAACAUGGCAGGGAGGAACAACAUGGCAGGGAGGAACAACAUGGCAGGGAGGAACAACAUGGCAGCGAGGAACAACAUGGCAGCGAAGAACAACAUGGCAGGGAGGAACAACAUGGCAGCGAAGAACAACAUGGCAGGGAGGAACAACAUGGCAGCGAAGAACAACAUGGCAGGGAGGAACAACAUGGCAGCGAGGAACAACAUGGCAGCGAAGAACAACAUGGCAGGGAGGAACAACAUGGCAGCGAAGAACAACAUGGCAGGGAGGAACAACAUGGCAGGGAGGAACAACAUGGCAGCGAAGAACAACAUGGCAGGGAGGAACAACAUGGCAACGAGGAACAACAUGGCAAGGAGGAACAACAUGGCAAGGAGGAACAACAUGGCAGCGAAGAACAACAUGGCAGGGAGGAACAACAUGGCAGCGAGGAACAACAUGGCAGCGAAGAACAACAUGGCAGGGAGGAACAACAUGGCAACGAGGAACAACAUGGCAGGGAGGAACAACAUGGCAAGGAGGAACAACAUGGCAGCGAAGAACAACAUGGCAACGAGGAACAACAUGGCAGGGAGGAACAACAUGGCAAGGAGGAACAACAUGGCAGGGAGGAACAACAUGGCAGGGAGGAACAACAUGGCAGCGAGGAACAACAUGGCAGCGAAGAACAACAUGGCAGGGAGGAACAACAUGGCAGCGAAGAACAACAUGGCAGGGAGGAACAACAUGGCAGGGAGGAACAACAUGGCAGCGAAGAACAACAUGGCAAGGAGGAACAACAUGGCAAGGAGGAACAACAUGGCAACGAAGAACAACAUGGCAAGGAGGAACAACAUGGCAAGGAGGAACAACAUGGCAACGAAGAACAACAUGGCAAGGAGGAACAACAUGGCAAGGAGGAACAACAUGGCAACGAAGAACAACAUGGCAAGGAGGAACAACAUGGCAACGAAGAACAACAUGGCAGGUAGGAACAACAUGGCAGCGAAGAACAACAUGGCAAGGAGGAACAACAUGGCAACGAAGAACAACAUGGCAGGGAGAAACAACGAGGGACAACAUAGGCUCAGGGGAAAUAUUUUGAACAACAGCAUAGGAAUAAGGGA